AAGUGUGAUCCCACACGAGGCAGGAGGAGAGCGGGGACCGCACCGGCCGGGUACCUUCCCCUGUCCUGUGGAGCGGGCACAACCCCCUACUGUACAGGAGAGACACUACUGGGAGACAUUGUGGUGUGCAGGGCGGGCGCUACCAUAGAGGCAAGGGGGCCCCCCGACUCCUUAGGGGCCCCCAGCGCCGGCCCGGCCGCAACUACUACUAUAUGUAUAAUUCUAUUGUGUGCCUGUGGCCCCCCCUGGAGACGGCGCCGCACUUCAGUAAUGUAAUUAAAACUGUGCUGCAGUAUGGAGUGGAGGGGCCCCCGCCGCUUUCGCCGCUGCUGGUCUCUUUAAGAGAUUCGAGACUGGAGCAGCGGCAUGCACGGCACAGGCAAGGUACGUCUAGCGUCUGGCUGUCGUACGUUGCCUCAGGCUCCGCCCCCCGCCCAGAGCAGAGGACUUGGAUUGAAGGAGCAAGCAAAGCAGUGGCGUACCUACCAUAUAGGUUGAAACGGUCAUUAACUGAAACAGAAGUGUAUGAGGAACAGCCAAACUCUGCUACAACGGUGAGGUUGUGGAAGACAGUCUUAUGUCACGGGCCAUACACCAUGAGAAGACUGAGCACAGCGACCAGAGAGAAGGUAGUUACUCUGCAUCAGCAAGGUCUCUCUCAGUCAAAGAUUGCAAAGCAGACUGGGGUUUCAAGAUGCGCUGUUCAAGCUCUUUUAAAGAAACACAAAGAAACGGGCAACAUUGAGGACCGUAGACGCAGUGGUCGGCCAAGGAAACUUAGUGCAGCAGAUGAAAGACGCAUCAUGCUUACUUGCCUUCAAAAUCGGAAGAUGUCCAGCAGCGCUAUCAGUUCAGAACUUGCAGAAACCAUUGGGACCCAGGUACACCCAUCUACAGUGCGGAGAAGCCUGGCCAGAAGUGGCCUUCAUGGAGGAAUUGCAGCCAAAAAGCCAGACCUUCAACAUGGAAACAAGGCCAAACAAGGUAAUGACGACACAAGAGAAGAUGGCGGCAUGCGAUCUGCGGGGGAGGAAACCGUGUGGCUCUCAGUUCUGUCAUUUCCAGAGAACAGAAGAAUCGGAAAGGACGGGAGCGGCAGCGCGGAAGAGGGAGAGAGCGCACGGGUCCCAGGUGUGGACACGAGUCCAGGAUCGGGGGUAGAGGACGAUGUCGGGGCCCCCAUGGACCCUCUGCGACCCAGUGAUGCGGCGGUUACAAGGACGAGCAGAAUAAGGAACCAUAAAGUAAAGCGGGAGGAGGCGGAGCGGACACGUAGCCGCACCCCGGGGUCCCCCCCGCCAGGUUCCUCCCGCCGUGCCCCGCGCCCUGCAGAGCAUCACGUGGAGGUGAUUCUGUGCUGCGAGAUCUGCGGCUCCUGCUUCCCGACAGAAACGGACCUGGAAGCCCACCAGGCCGAGCACCUGGAGGAGACGCUGCACCAGUGCGAGGAGUGCGGGAAAGCCUUUCAGUCCGCCGGCGGCCUUAAAACACACAAGAAAAGAAAACAUGGCUGCUGAGCGGGCGGCACUGCGCUGGAGGAGAGGCCGAGCGCUGCUCCUGGGGGGGACUGAACUCUGCUGGAGACGGGGAGGAUUGUCUACGUCCCUUACCCUACACAUGGAAUCCACAGCAGGCAGUCCGUGCUCUGCUCAGGAGUCCCCCGCCGGACUCUGUAUACACCGUCAUCGGACAUGGGGUUACCCCGUAAACGGCUGUGAGCGGAGAGAAUCCUCCGUAUCCAUGUACAGUGCUGUAUACCAGGUCCUGAAGAGCAGCGAUCCCAGAAUGGACGGAGAUACAUUCUAAUCACCUGUAUAACGGGACGGCCAUAAUGUGCUCAUUGUAAUGUCUUCUGCGGUUAUCGCGGUGCGCCCGUCCUCAGAGACCAGCGCAGGUUUGUAUUGAGAGACACUCCACUUCUUCCAUCUGUGGAGAGGGCAGGCGAACCCCCCUCAGUACCGCUGUACGUAUCUGACGUGGCAUUACUGGCGGUCCAGGAUGAUGCUGGAUAGUAACACUGUAUCUCUUCAAGACAUGACCAGAUUCCGCGAGUUCAGAGGAUUGCGCUGAACCUGCCCCUAUUCUGUGCGUGCCGUUCAUCAGGAGUAGGUAUAUAAAGUUCAAGACCAACAGACACAUGGAACGCCGUGCGCCUCGUGUGGAGAGGCAUCGGCGCUAGGGUGACCGUAAUACGACCGCCGCUCACAGCUAGUAAAAUAGGGGAAACCCCGCCCCUAAGGGGCGGAUCCAGGACCGCUAGCACCUCUGAACUCGCGGUAGCUGGUCAUGUCCUGAGGAUAUACAGCGGCGUCAUCAGUGUAUAGCGUUACUAUCCAGCAUCAUCCUGGACCGCCAGUAAUGCCACGUCAGAUACGUACAGCGGUACUGAGGGGGCAGUUCAGAGGGACUAUUAUAAUUAUUCUCCAGUUUUUUGAGGCAGGGCCUUACAUCCCCCCCCCCCCCCUUUUAACGCAUAUCUAAUAAACUUUGAAACCAAGUGCGACCACGUUAUACCUGAAACGUCAUCUGUGGAGCCCGUGGCUCUGAUACAGAAGGUCCUGGGAUUGAGACGCACCAGUAACAGUUUGGAUAAAAGGGAGUACAGGUUUUUAACCUAUAAUGCUGAAGGCCCCAGUUAUAUGGGGAAUGACUGAUUUUUAACCCCUUCCCGACCUCUGCUAUACAUGCACAGUGGAAGUCAGGACUUAAAACAUGGCGCCCGCUCAGUAGCUGAGCAGGUGCCAUAUCUGCUUCACACAGGCUUUGUCUGUGACUGCAAUAACUCUGAUCAAGGACGUUUAACCCCUCACAUGCUGUGCUCAAUUGCAACCACAGCAUCCGAGUCAUCUUCCCCCUGGGGCUCUGAAUGAUCCCGCGUGCUGACGCUGGAAGACUCCGAGGCCUGCCAUAGCGAUGUUCCUGUGGCAGGGCUCGAUAGGAUCACCAUAAAUCUCCUAUAGGCUGCAGUGGUAAGUUAUUACAGUCUAUGGGAAAAGCGAUCAAACAAUCGCGUGUUAACGUCCCCUAGGGGGACUUGAAAUAAG